UUUGAAGUGACGUCACAUGAGAAGUUUACAUUAACAUCCCAGUAGCAGAAAGAGUUAAACACGCAGCCGCAUUUCAGUCCAGCCGCAAGACGUGUCGAGCUACGGCUCACUACUAGGAAAACUAACUUUUUAUUACAUCAAUAAUGAUGUAACUUGAAAGUAACGUGUUACUAGUCGGAGCCAGCGUCGUUGGCGAUCUCUGAAAGGAAAGAUCUAACGUUAUAGCCUGUUAUUUUUUCCUGUUUUGCCUCAAAGGGAAAAAAAUGGAUUUAAAAGUGGCUACUUGGAUUGUAUGUUUACUCUCCCUCGGUCUUCAUGCACUGCUUGUCUCCGCCCUUUAUGACGCCAGCCUGUUCUCCUCGCACCCUGGACGCCCAGUACACCUGGACCGACAGCCACGCUCCCCCAGGCCAAGCAGAGGCCCGGAGCCCCUCAUCGCCCCGGAGCCCCUCAUCGUCCCGGCCCGAGCUGCUAACGUCCACCUGAGCCCCGAGGAGAUCAGGAAGCUGCGCUUCAAACCCACGGUGGGCUCCGUCAACCUCUCCGAGGGCAUGGAGGUGAAGUUGAACUGCUCCAUCGACGUCAGCGACUCCGUCAAGCAGGACCUGGCCAUCCUGUGGAUGAAGAAUGGCCAGGAGCUGCACGGCAGCAUACAGACAGACCUCUUCAGCGGGGGCAGGGUCAGCCUGCUUUCUACAUUGAGGUAAGAACUUCAUCAUCAUCAUCAUCAUUGUUUAUUCAGGGA